GUCAUUAUUAAUCCAGAUUCUUUGAAUGAAUGAAAAAUUUCCGUUGCAUCCCUAUGAAAGUGCGGUUAGUAUAAUUUAAAAGUUAACAGUUCACGUUCGUGUACUGUAAAGUGGCACUUCCAGUCCCAGUAUGUAACCCCGCUGUUAGAGAGAAUGUCUCACGUGACAGGGUGCACCAGUCAAGAUAUCACAAGGAAUUCAAAGGAAGUUCACGUGCUAUACUUGGAGAGUGCUGGAUUUAACUCUACGUCAUCUUCAGGAUUUUUACCUCGCGUGUCUCUCAAAGUUAGGCCUCGCAUGGAAAACAGUCUUCACGUUGGCCCACUGGUGGUGAUUCUGAACACUGCGACUCCUGUUAUGUGGCAGUUGGAAGUGGACAAAAUUUCCAAUGCUUCCCGUUUUAUUGUUUUUGUCACCCAAGAAUCCCAGGUCGUCUCCAGCGCUCCCUUGCGACUGAUAGUUCGACAGAAGCCCACGUCCUCUUUAAGGAAAAUUUUGAACUGGGCAAGAAGUCAUUUUAAAGCUCUAACGUCUUUUUCUACAAUCGGAAUGGCUAACAGUGUUGUGUUGAAGGUUGGAAUAG